AUGUUGAACAAGAUCAAGCUUCAAGAGGUAGUGCCUGAGAUUGAAUUCAGACACAUUCGCUCCGGUGACAAUCUAGCGGACCGUCUUACUCGGCCCUGUGGGAAUUGUGAGCCAGUCCAGUGUUCAUGGGAAGCUGUGUGCAGUGCCUUAGCAGAUGAUUGCCUCGUGGACUUUAACCUCAACGAUGGUUCUUUGGGUACCGACGACAAGCAAGAGGAUUUGUCCGAUGAGGAUGACAUUGAAGAAGCCCUUGUGAUCAAUGAGAUGUCUUGCUGCGUUGCUACUCAAGACACAACCGCUUCCUGGAUAGAACAGUUCUUGCCACGUGUUAAGGUGUCUCAAUCCGCUGAUCCUAAUUGUGUAUCUAUUAUGUCCAAGCUACGAUCUGAUCCGUCCUGUUCUCAGUCUAAGUUCUUCCAUCUUGAUGAUGAAAGUGGUACCUUGAUGAGCAGACGAUGGAAUUCAGAUGAAGACGAUACUUGGGUAGUAUACAUUCCGGAUGACGACAAGCUGAAGGACGAGGUGAUUGACAGGUUUCAUCGAGAUUUUGGUCACCCCGGUAUCACCAAGACGGUCGGCUUGUUACGUGGGGUCUGUGACUUUAAGGGACUUCAUAGGAGAGUGAAACAUUGGAUUUCUUCCUGUAGCGUCUGUUGCCAAGCCAAGUAUGGCCGUACCCUCACUAAAGCUAUAUCAACAUCUAAAUCAUGGGUGCCUCUCUUAUGGGGUGUCGUUGGUGCUGAUCUAGCAGGACCCAUCAAAGAUGCUGACGGUGUCAAACAUUGGGUCCUUCUAUUGGUAUGCUACAUUAGCAAGUUUGUAGCUGCUACGGUUAUCGACUCUCCAGGCACUGAGGAUGUGGCCUGUGCGACUAUAGAAUUACUGAAUGCCAAUGGGUGGCCUCGUGUAAUAGCAACUGAUCAAGGAAGCUGCUUUAUGUCUAUAAGGUUUAAGCAGCUCCUUGCCGAGCACAAUGUUGUCCAUGUAUACACGUUUGGGUUCGAUGCGGCACGACGAGGUUGGCUUGAGCGUCCACAUGCUGAGUUUUCAUCAGUUAUAAGGUGUAUGACUAAUGAUCGUGGUCGAUCUAUUGAGGAUGUCAGGGACCUGAAGUGUUUGGUGAGCAAGGCUACCUAUGUCGUGAACAACAUCCCCUAUGAAGCUGACAAUGACUUAUGUCCAUGGCUAUGCAUGAGACCAACUGGUGGUCUGACGGCCACACUGUUGACACGUGACCAAUCUGCUAUCGCUGAAAUUAAGAAGUGGCUAGGAUCGGGACUGCUGUAUGAUGAUUUAAUUGAACCACUUGGUUCCUUGAAGGAGGCUUACCUCAACGACAAUAUCCGUACUUUAUCAAAGCUGAAGUCAUUGUGGAUCCGCCGGAAGGGCGAAACUAGAAGACGACUGGCCAAGAUCCGACGUACUGACCAAGACUCUAUAACAAUUGGCGAUACUGUCUGGCGUCGUAACCCAACUGCUGAAAAAUAUGGUACCUUAUUUUCUGGUCCCUAUGAGGUUGUUGACCGUGAUGGAGCAACUAUAAGUUUGAAGAAGGCAGAUGACGAUGUGACCGUGCAAUGCCCUGUAAACCAGCUGAAGAAAGGACGAAGACCUAUUAAGACUGGUAAGGGUCCUACUUCUCCCACCUUCCUGGAAAAGGGUGUGCAAGCUGAGGUUGAGCCCGAAGUGCAUGAGGACGAACCUCCAGUGAGCCGAGAAGAGUUGAAGAUAUGGCAAGAGGCUGUUAUGAAUGACGGUGCUGGAGUCAUGACACGAAGCCGCAAGAGAGCAAUCGACAGAGUCUCAGAUAUGUUGAAGUCUAACAAAGUUGCUCGUAAAAAGUGA